AUGUUCAAUCAACUCUUAGAAUUCAGGAAUCAAAAGCUGUUAGUUUAAGCCCUCUCUAAUAAAAUUCACGAAACUGAAUAUUUUUAGAAGACUGGAAAGCCUUAUUAAUAUGGGAACAAUGAAGAAUUUUCCAUAGACGGGCAGCAAUUAAUUGAAUUCUAUUUCUAUGACUAUAUGCUGCUUUAAGGGUAUGUUAUUUAGUGUUAAAGUAGAUUUCCAAACUAAUAAAGUUAAUUUAAAAAGCCUAGUGAUAUUAUUUAAUUAAGAUAGAGAUUGAUUAAUGAUAAAUAUCUAUCAGAAAUAGCAACCUUGUUAAAUCUAUAAAAUCUAAUCAGUGUUGGAAACUAAAAAUCAUUAAAGUAUGAAUAAUUAUAAUUAUGUUAGAAAUAAUCCAAAGGUAUUGUCAGAUUGUAUUAAAUCAAUCAUAGGAGCCCAUUACUAUGACAAGCAAAACGAUCUUGAGGUAUUGAGAGAUCUUAUUCACCCAAUAAUUGCGUAAUUAUUAAAUAAGUAUAAAAAAAAAAAUAUUUCUAGAGGCCAGGAAAUAGGUUUAACAAAAUGGAAAUAUAACCCCAAAUCAUCCUUUUUAGAAUUCUUAAAUUAGUACAAAGGAUAAUUAGACAUAAACCCUAAACUAACAAUAGAAUGGAAAAAAGAAGAUACUGUUUUAAAUUAAAAUAAUUCUUAUUACUAAAUAACAUUAGAAUUAAAUAGUAACUCGUAAAUUUAAAAAAUCGGUAUUAAUAAAAGAGAAACAGAAUAAAAUGUAUACUAAGAAGCUUUGGUUUAUCUUAGAAAAUUAAAUAUAAAGAAAAAUGAAAAAUAGAAAACUUUAAAAAAAUAAACAGACAUAAAAUAAAUCUAUGAUGAAUCUCAACUUUCAACAUCCCUCAAUUCAACAAUAAAUAAUCAAAAUUUAUCUAUAUAUUGUUUUACUGAUUACAAUGAAGAUAAAUAAAACUUAAAUUUUGAUUAAUAAAUUAACCUUAUAUUGGAGAAGUUGGCAUUUGAGUGA